AUGGCUACUGCCACCAUUCAACCAUACGAGUUGUACAGCGACGCCCCUGGCUUCUUGUUGAAUAAGCCAGAGUGGGAAGAAGCAAAUUCCGCACAUCCCGAGACAUUUGAUUUUGGAAAACAACCUCAAGGCUGGCCAGUCAAGUUUACCGGUCCCGAUGUUUGGACUGGUGAUUUUCUUGAAAAGCACCCGGACUUGUACAUCAAGACUCUAAGUCAUGGCGAAAUCAGUGAGAUUGACAGCGCAAUCAAGGCAUCAACUCUUGGAUCGGAGACCGUCGGCUCAAUCAAGGAGCCGGUCGAGGAGUUUGCCAUAUCAAAGUCAAGCAUCACACACCUUGAUCCCUCUCAACGCGGCAAAAUCUAUGUUUCCGCCCAAGACACGAAUGCUCAGAUGUAUCAUAGCGAUGCUGGCGGUGAUAUAGUUGGCUUGAUGGCGGUCAGUCUUACUGGUACAGGGGGUAUCUCCACCGUGGCCAGCGCUGGCCAGGUAUACAAUCAUCUUGCUGAACAUCGUCCCGAUAUUGCACGGUUACUGGCUGAGAGAAAGUUCCGUUGGCGAGCAAAUGGGAUUCCAGAGGAUGGAGUUCGCCUGAUUCAUAAUCAAGACAACAAAGUGUUCUUGAACUUCUCCACGCGCACGUUUAUUGGUUAUGGAGAACUGCCUGAUCGCGACCGUGACUAUCCACUUCUCACAUUUGAGGAGAGAGAAGCUUUUGGUGGAUGGCAGUGGGUUGCUGAACAGUACAGCCUAAAGACACAACUCGAGGUUGGUGAUAUCGAGUGGGUCAACAAUCUGCAUCAUCAGCACGCUCGUCGUGGCUUCACUGAAGACAUUUCAAAUCCCCGACAUCUUCUGCGUGUCUGGCUCACUGAUAGCGAGCACACUCCGCAGCUUCCAGUUGAUAUCAAGAACAAAUUUGAUGCCAUGUUCGAGUCAGACCCCGACUUUUAUCCGUUGGACGAGAUAGAAGAGGAUCAAAAGCGUCGCGAAACUGGGGUCUUUACGGGGUCGUGCAAAGAUGACCUGGCUGCGGAGCGCCUUGGGAAUGGAGGCAUUGUGGGCACUAACCAAAAGGUAGCAAGGUGA